AUGCUGAUUGUAGAUGAUUAUACGGAUGAAACAGGCAAGGGAAAGAAGCCUGUUACCACUCAAGCUUUACCAUUUCAUAAACUUUUGAGUCAGGCCGAUGCGAUAGAUUGGACACUGAUGGCUCUUGGUACCUUGGGUUCCAUCGUCCACGGCAUUGCCCAACCUGUUGGGUAUAUGCUGCUUGGUAAAGCCCUUAAUGCUUAUGGUAACAACACCAACAAUACUGAAGACAUGGUUGAAGCUCUUAACAAGGUUGUGCCCUAUGUGUGGUAUAUGGCUAUUGCCACAUUUCCUGCUGGAAUACUAGAGAUAGGAUGCUGGAUGUAUGCAAGUGAAAGACAAGUAUCACGUUUAAGAUUAGAAUUUCUAAAAUCUGUCCUCAGCCAGGAGAUUGGGGCAUUUGAUACAGAUUUAACGAGCGGGAAAAUAAUCGGUGGAAUUAGCACCCACAUGUCUAUCAUACAGGACGCAAUUGGAGAAAAGUUAGGACAUUUUAUGGCAUGCUUCGCAACUUUUUUUGGGGGAGUCUUGAUUGCCUUCAUAUCUAGCUGGGAAGUGUCACUUCUAGCAAUAUUCGUUGUCCCAAUGAUUCUUCUAAUUGGAGCCACUUAUACAAAGAAAAUGAAUGCUAUUUCAGCAACAAGGAUGUCAUGCCUGUCAGAAGCCACGGCAAUGGUAGAACAGACGAUUUCCCAUAUCAAAACUGUUUUUGCAUUUGUUGGAGAAAAUUUAGCAAUUAAAUCCUUCACGGAAAGCAUAGAAAGACAACUGGGCAUAAGCAAGAGUGAAGCGCUUAUAAAGGGAAUUGGGACAGGAAUGUUUCAAGCUGUGACCUUCUGUUCAUGGUCUCUUAUUGUAUGGGUCGGAGCUGCUGUUGUAUCAGCCAAGAGAUCAAAGGGAGGAGACGUAAUUGCAGCAGUUAUGAGUAUUCUCUUUGGAGCUAUAUCGCUCACUUACGCUGCACCAGACAUGCAAAUCUUCAAUCAAGCAAAAGCUGCAGGAAAGGAAGUUUUUCAAGUGAUCAAAAGAAAGCCCAUGAUAUAUUCCAACUCUCAAGGGAAGACGGUGGACCAAAUCAAUGGAAGCAUUGAGAUACAUGAUGUGCACUUCUCUUACCCAUCUCGAAAGGAAAUUAUGAUCCUUCAAGGGUUUUCACUGUCAAUCCCAGCAGGAAAGGUGGUAGCAUUUGUAGGAAGUAGUGGCUGUGGCAAGAGCACCAUCAUCUCACUGAUAACAAGAUUUUAUGAUCCCAUAAAAGGUGAAAUUCUCAUUGACAACCACAACAUCAAGGACCUUGAUUUAAAGUCCCUAAGGAGAAACGUAGGACUAGUUUCACAGGAGCCGUCCCUAUUUGCUGGCAACAUCAAAGACAACAUCAAAGCAGGAAAAAUGGAUGCAGAUGAUGAUGAGAUCCAGAAAGCAGCUCAAAUGGCAAAUGCACACUCUUUUAUAUCCCAAUUUCCUGAUCAUUACUCAACUGAGGUAGGAGAAAGGGGCGUCCAAUUAUCAGGUGGACAGAAACAGAGAAUUGCAAUAGCAAGAGCCAUCUUAAAGAAUCCUCCGAUUCUUUUGCUCGACGAGGCCACCAGUGCACUUGAUACGGAAUCAGAAAAACUAGUUCAAGCUGCCCUUGAGAUGGCAAUGCAAGGGAGGACAGUCAUCUUGAUUGCCCACAGAUUAUCAACCAUUGUCAAUGCAGAUAUAAUUGCAGUUGUAGAGAACGGAAAAGUAGCAGAGACAGGAAGGCAUCAGGACUUACUAAACACCAAUGAAUUUUAUCACAGUUUGUUUACCAUGCAAAACAUCGAUACAAGAGCAGAGGAUUCAACUGAAGGAACGGCAAGUACUCAGAAACAGAUUUCAUCUCAACAUUUUGACCAGCCUGAUACGCUUACAGAAAGCUACACAAGUUUCACACUAUCUCCCAAGAAAGAGGAAUCACAGGAAGAAAUGGACAAGUUUAUAUUCCUCAGAAUCUGGUCUGGAUUAAAGAAAAGGGAGAUCAUAAAGAUUUCCAUUGGCUCUUUUGCAGCUGCUUUUGCUGGCAUCUCUAAACCCGUUUUUGGCUACUUCAUCAUCACAAUAGGAGUAGCAUAUUUCAAAGAUCAUCCAAAGCAUCGAGUUGGAAAGUAUUCAAUAAUGUUUUCUACAAUAGGAUUUCUCUCAUUGUUUGCCCACACACUGCAGCAUUACUUCUUUGGUGUGAUUGGGGAGAAGGCCAUGAAAAACCUGAGACAAAAUCUAUAUACAGCUAUAUUACGCAAUGAAUUAGCAUGGUUUGAGAAGCCCGAGAACAGUGUAGGAUCAAUUACUUCAAAAGUUAUCAAUGAAACAUCAACAGUCAAGACCAUCAUUGCGGACCGUAUGUCUGUUAUUGUCCAAUGCAUCUCCUCCAUAGUGAUUGCUACAGCAGUCAGCAUGAAAGUUAACUGGAGAAUGGGUCUGGUAGCUUGGGCAGUGAUGCCAUGCCACUUCAUUGGAGGGAUAAUUCAAGCCAAAUCAGCCAAAGGAUUUUCAAGUGGCAGUACUGCAGCUCACUCGGAACUUGUUGCCCUUGCUUCUGAAUCAGCAACCAACAUAAAAACUGUGGCAUCUUUUUGCCAGGAAGAGCAUGUCAUUCAAAAGGCCAGAGCUACUCUCAAGAAACCAAUGAGAAAAGGCAGGGUAGAAAGCAUUAAGUAUGGAAUCAUUCAAGGUGUAUCCCUUUGCUUGUGGAAUAUUGCUCAUGCUGUUGCAUUGUGGUAUACAACAGUUCUGGUUCGUAAACACCAAGCAAGCUUCGAGAAUAGCAUAAGAUCAUACCAGAUAUUCUCGCUCACAGUACCAUCAAUCACAGAACUAUGGAUGUUGAUACCCACUGUUUUCUCUGCCAUCAGUGUAUUAACACCUGUGUUCCAAACCAUUGACCGACAGACUGAAAUUGAACCAGACUCGCCAAAGGAUUCACCAUGCGAAAGCCUUAAAGGGGAAAUUGAAUUUCGAAAUGUCAAGUUUUGCUACCCCUCGAGACCAGAAAUAACCAUACUUGACAGCUUCAGUUUAAAAAUCGAAGCUGGAUCGAAGGUUGCUCUUGUUGGGCCAAGUGGAGCUGGAAAGUCCUCCGUUUUAGCACUCAUUCUCAGAUUCUAUGAUGCCAACGAAGGACGAGUCCUGAUUGAUGGGAAAAAUAUAAAGCAAUACAACCUAAGAAAUAUAAGGGCACGGAUAGGGCUGGUGCAGCAGGAACCACUUCUCUUUAGUUGCUCUAUAAGAGACAAUAUUUGCUAUGGGUGUGAAGGAGCUUCUGAAGCUGAAAUCAUACAGGUGUCAAGAGAUGCAAACAUACAUGAAGUAGUAAGCAACUUACCCAGCGGAUAUGACACUACGGUAGGGGAAAAGGGAUGUCAACUUUCCGGUGGACAAAAGCAACGAAUAGCCAUUGCAAGGGCCUUACUGAAAAGGCCGGCAAUAAUGCUUCUCGAUGAAGCAACAAGCGCUCUUGAUGCAGAGUCUGAAAGAUCCGUGAUUAAUGCUCUGGAAUCACUAAAAAUGAGCACAACAUAUGUCACAGUUGCACAUAGACUUUCCACAGUAAUCAACUCAGAUGCCAUAAUUGUUAUGGAUAAAGGUAAGGUUGUGGAAAUGGGCAGCCAUUCAACCCUAAUAGCAGCAACUGAGGGAGUUUAUUCGAAACUCACCAGGCUUCAGAGUGUCGGGAGAAAUUGA